AUGAAGCUUAACUUUGCCUCAGUCACAUUAUUCUUUACAGCUGUUGUUUCAACCGUUGCUACCUCAAUUAUUCCGCACCAAUUGGAAUUAACACCAAGGGAAUUUGAAGUCACCAACAAUGCAAUUUUCAAUUUAGAACAUUACAAUACCAAAAGGUCUUUAUUGAUUUCAGAAGAGAUCUCUAAAAGAGAAUCCCAAAUUGUUACUCAAUUUUUGACUAUUAUAAAGGAUACAAACUUAGCUCCCGGUGUCAUCCAUUACUUCAUUACUGGUCCGUUAUUAUCGGAUGUUACUAAACUGGUUGUUGUUACUGCUAUUAAGAAUGGUUGGAUUGACUUGGGCACAUUGAUGAAAUCAUUGAACGACUCAGGGUUGGCGGUCAGUAUUAUCGAGGAUCUUAUCAAUGAUUGUGCCUUUUAUUCUCAGAUUUUCAAAAUGGUUGGUGAGUUAAUCCUGGGCUUGCCUAAUGUUGUUAGUGUUGAAGCAGGUGUCAGCCCAGAGGCUGUUUCUGCGGCUGUCAGUAAGAGAGAAAUACCAGUUUAUGCUAGAGACACAGAAGAUAUCCUUACCUCAUUGAUGGAGUCAUUAAAGAACUCUGGGUUGGCUAACCAAGUUGUUGAAGCUUUGAUCAUUGAUGAUGACUUUUAUACCUUUGGUGCAGACUUGGUUUCACAAUUAUUCUCAUCAGGAGCCAUUACACUCGAGCAAUUAGGUGAGGCUCUAGUCCAAUCUGGUUUGCUUCCGCCAAUUCUUAGAUUGUUAUUGAAUGUUGAAACAAUUCAGAAAAUAGUUAUCAAGACCUUGAGUGCUGCACUUGGUGUGUGCAAAAAUUCACCAACCACAUCAUCGAUUGUGACUAAACCAACUGGUGGUCCAGCACCAACUAUUUCCACAGGAAGUGCAGACCUCACUUCAAUCUUUAAAACAGCUUUAAGCACCGUUACUUCUGAAGAUCCUGUUUACUCGGUUCCUACUGUAAGCACUGAAGCUAAUAAAGAAGCUGUUAACUCAGUUCCCAGCUCAACUUUAAGUACUAUUGCAACUACUGAAGUUACUGUUAGCUCAGUUCCAGGAACCACUUUAAGCACCGUAACGAUCACCAGUCCACCAAAACUAUGCAGAAAGAAGAAAAGAACCAUUUAA